UCCGCGGCACCAACACGAGAGACCACAGAGCACCGAUCGAGCUCGAGCUAGGAAACCAAAUCGCACUACUUACGACCAAAGCAGCUAGCUAGCAGCAAUGUGCAGAGGAACCGUGGACGACGGCAGCCUCCUCCACCGCCCCCUCGGUGUAGGCCGGCGGCAGCGGCUCGUGGUCCGCGCCUUCUACGUCCGCAUGUCCUCGUCCUGCUCCUUCGCUGCUGGGCAGCCGCCCGAGGAGCUCACGCUCGUCUACCACCCGGCCAUCGGCGGCGCCGCGCUGGAGGUCGCCGGCCGCGCGCUCCCGCCGGCCUCGCCCGCUCACGUGCCCCUCCUCCGCGUCCGCGGCGCCCACGGCGACGCGGGCAAGGCCAAGGAGGUGGCGUACGCGAGCGCCGACCGCGUCUCGGCGGCCGAGGGCGCGCGGUUCGCGGUGUUCGCGCCGGGCAAGGAGCUGAUCGCGGAGGGCGUGUUCUUGCGGGGACCUGGAGGCGGAGGGUGGCAAGUGGAGUGCCGCCGCGCGCUGGCGUCAAGGUCGCGGGUGGCGGAGGUGGUGGUACUCGCGGAGGGCGGCGUGCUGGUCAGGGCCAGGGCAAAGGCGGCGAUCGGGUGCCUGACCAGGCUGGAGGGGAUACCGGAGGAGGAGGCGUGCGGGUGCGGGGCAUGCGGGGAGGAGGAGUGGGAGGUGGUCGGCGACGACGGCAGCGACGACAGCGGUGAUGAGUACUGGAAGUGGAAGGAGCGCGAGGAGGCGGCGGAGGUGGAGACGAUGCGGUGGGCGCUGGAGAUGGGCGCGUGGGCGGUGUGCGUCGGCGUCGGGCUGCUCGCCACCGCCCGCCGGUUCAGCCGGAAGCGGGCGCUCCGGUGAGCUGCCGCGUGGCUUCCCUCGAAGAGGAAAUUGUUUCGUUCUUUUUUCACUACUUGCAAAAUUUUGUACGGUAGACCUUUCCAGAUUGUAUGUACAGGCGAAAUCGAUCAACGGAGACGCUUCACUGUUCA